AUGUCCUUAGGAGACCUGUGGCACCUGGUGUGCGCGUGGAAAACGCAAAAGAGGGCUGCUCAAAAAGACCUGGCGAGCGACCCUCGAUGCUACAUCUGGCCCGGCGGCGGCGGCGGUGUGGACGGCGCGGGCGAGCCUGCGAGGCCGGUGGGGGAGGGUGGCAUGGUCGGCGCGAGGGGGCGGCGGGGGCGUCAGACGACCGCCUACGCUCGCGGCGGCGGACGUGUUUAUCUCGCGCAGUCAGCGGCCGGGCCGCGGCCCGCGCACCGCCCCGAGCGGCGUAUGCUGAAUACCAAGGGCCAGAGUGCUCAUCAAGACAAAUCAAACAAGCCCAAACUCGAGGGGGAUACAGGCGUGUUGCUAUGUGAAUCCACUUCAAAUGAUGAUGAUGAGAUGAUGCUGUUUGUCGCAGAUUGGCUGACGGUGACGUGGGCGCAGGGCGGCAUGCAGCUGCAAGGAGAUGGUGGCGAUGACGACCCUGACAAUGUGCGAGGAAGAUGCGGGCGCGCCGGCAGCCUAGUAGCGCCAGGCGAGCGUCUCUUAGAGCUGCUCCGAGCGACGGGCUCCCCGCGCCGGCACUCCACGGCGGCGUGUGCGCCCGCGCCGCGCCUCUACUGCCCCUCUGACGCGCUGCCAUACUGCCCGCCGUCGCGGCUCGCGCCGCCUGCGCACCACCACAUCAAGGCUAAGAUUAUCAACUUGUUGCAGCUGCAGCCGCCACCGCGAAGCAUAUCACCGCCGCAGAUAGCGCCGGUGGCGCCGCCCCCCGUCCCGCAGCGUGCGCCGGCCGCGCGGACCCCGCGCCCCACGCCGGCGCCGCUGGCCGCGUCGGCGCCGCCCGCGGCCGCCCCCACGGUGCUGUCGGCGCCGCCCGCGCCGCCGCGCCGCAACUCCCCCGUCCCUCCGCGCCGCGCCCCGCCGCCCACUCCCCCGCGACCCCUCGUCAAUUCCACAGCCGACAACAACGGCAACCGACGCACACAGACACAACCGACGCAACCCCCUCGACUCGAUUGCAACAAGAACCCACAACCGACGGUCCCGCGUCGCCCGAUACAGAAGAUGCCCGACACGCCGUACGUGCCGCCUCCCAACCAGACGAUGAAGCAGUCGCCGAGCUCGGGGUCAAACAUCAGCGUGCGGCAGGACUCGAACGUGUCGUCCGACUCGUUCAGCCAGACGUCCUCGCCUUCGUAUACUACAAAAACAAUGGAAGCGCCCCUGCUUCCACAUCAGCAUGUUAACAAGAGCCUCAACGCGAAGAUCGCGCGAGGCUUGCUCCUGAAGGAGCAACAGGAGAAGGAGUCCAACAGCCAGCCAAUCACGAAGAGCAUGUCUACUCCUGCGUCGCUUCAGACCAUCGUCCGCUUCCAGAAUGGGAGCAAUAUGUCAUUACAUCAUAGAAUGCUGCGCGACAUGCGCGCGGGCAGCGGGUCUGGGUCUGCGCAGCGGUUCCGGCUGCUGCAGCUAGCGCUCAACGCCGUGGCGCUGCUCGCCAUCACCGGCGCACUCUUCGCAUACUUCCGCGCCAACCCCGCCGUACAGUACGUGUCUCAAGUGGUGAACCGCACGAUAGUCACCUGGCCGGCGCCGACCGACCCGCCCGGGGACAAGAACCCCGCCCCCGGCGUCUGCCUGCCCGUCAUCGUGUCCUUCUGCCACCAGCAUCGUGUCUCAUACAACUACACCGUGUUCCCCAACUACAUCGGGCACUUUGGACAGAGAGAUGCACAACAGGACUUGGAGAUAUAUGACGCGGUGGUGGACGUGAGGUGUUACGAGCUGACAGCUCUGUUCCUGUGUUCGCUGUUCGUGCCCAAGUGUGGGCCGCUGGGCCAUAUGGUGCGCCCGUGCAAGAGUCUCUGUCAAGAAACGAUGCGCCGCUGCGGCUUCUUCCUGGAGGUGUUUGGGUUGUCGAUGCCGGAAUACCUGCAGUGCGACAUCUUCCCGGAGUCGGCGGACACCGACGUGUGUCUCGGCAACCGCGAGGUCAAGGAGGCGCGGUUCCGAGCCGCUAAACCAGUAUGCCCGAACGGCUUCCAAUGCGACGAGAAGCGCUGCAUCCCCCUCGACUGGCGCUGCGACGGGCACGUGGACUGCGCCGACCGCUCCGAUGAGCUCAACUGCCGAGUGUGUAAACACUCCGGCGACGUGCACUGCGGGAACCAGCAGUGUAUAUCGCAGGCGCACAUCUGUGAUGGCAAGAAGGACUGCACGUGGGGGCAGGACGAGAGGAAUUGCUUGAGACUAAGCGAGGCUAACGGCGACGUGGGCCGCGGCGAGCUACAGGUAUACCGCGCCGCCAACCAGUCGUGGUACCCCGCCUGCCUGUCCACCCUGGACGACGCCACCGCCGCGGAGCUCUGCUCCAUGCUCGGAUACUCGCGAUGGGUGAACAAGAGCACUGUGUUAGGACGCGGCGGGGCGGCGCGCGCAGGACGGGGCAGAGCUCAUGGGGCUGAGAAGUCCUACCUCGAGUUCCGGAGGAGUGAAGGAGGAUUGUUGAAGGAGUUGGGACACUGUAGACAUGACUCCAGCCGGGUGCAUCUCGUGUGCCAUAACUUUGAAUGCGGUAAGCGGCGCGUGCGAGGGGGAGCGACGAAGAGGAUCGUAGGUGGUACUCCCGCGAAGCCCGGUGAUUGGCCGUUCCUGGCGGCCAUCUUGGGAGGACCGGAGGAAGUGUUCUAUUGCGCAGGAGUGCUUGUAGCGGACCAGUGGGUGCUCACCGCCUCGCACUGUGUUGGCAAUCACUCGGACGUGAACGGGUGGACGAUCCAGCUGGGCAUCACGCGCCGUCACGCGCAUGCGUACUACGGGCAGAAGAUGAAGGUGCGCCGCGUCGUGCCACAUCCGCAGUACAACGUCGGCGUCGCGCACGACAACGAUAUCGCGCUUUUCCAGCUGGCGGCUCGCGUCCGCUACCACGAGCAGCUGUCACCAGUCUGUCUCCCACCAGCGGGCCGGCGCCUGCCGCCCGGGACGAAGUGUACCGUCAUCGGGUGGGGCAAGCGAGAUGACAACGACAUGUCAGAAUACGAGCCAGCAGUGAACGAGGUGGAGGUGCCAGUGUUGAACCGGGAACUGUGCAACCAGUGGCUGGAACACCGCGACCUUAACGUCACCGAGGGGAUGAUCUGCGCCGGCUACCCUGAGGGCGGCAAGGACGCUUGUCAGGGCGACUCUGGCGGCCCACUGCUGUGCCAGGAGCCAAAUGAUUCCCUUCGCUGGUACGUGGGCGGCAUCGUAUCCUGGGGCAUCAAGUGCGCCCACCCGCGCCUGCCCGGGGUCUACGCCUACGUCCCCAAGUACAUACCCUGGAUCCUCCGCCAGAUCGAGCUUUACAACGACGACAAUGCCCGGACAGAUGAUACUGUCUAAAAAGUAGCAUUCUCUAAAAGCAUCAUUGCCGAUGUUCGUUUGUUGACGAACCGUCAACGCGUGGUAAGGUAUAUGCGGCGUAUAAUGCAAUCGGCGUCAACUGAAACUACU